AUGUUCUGCACCAUUUUUGUAAUCGUCUUAGUGAUAACAACGGCCGAUGUAUCUGGUGAAGCAUCGAGUUCUGAAAAACGAACCGCGCUGUUAUCACGUUAUGGCAGAGCGUUACUUUCUCGUUAUGGUAAAAGAUCAGACUUUUCUGAAGUAUUGCACCCAUCACAAGGUUUAUUUAAAAUAUUCUUAUUUUCUUUUCAUUUCUAG